ACCUGGAUGGAUCGAGCCCCGAGCGCGGGUCCCUGCUCGGAGCCUGGCACGGCAGGAGGCGAGGAGGGAGCUGUUUUUGCGUGGCACUGCUGGGCAGGGCGUCUUUUCGCCCCGCGCCGCUGGUAGACAAAUUACAGCCCUCGCCUGGGUCAAGGUAGAUAAGGGACCAUGUGAUGCAGCGUGGUGUAAACUGGUGGCAGGCAGGGUAAAGGUGCACAGGGAAAUAACCUUGCAGGGAGUUCCUCCCUCCUUCCUCGGGGGGCAGAGUCUCCAGGCAGCGCUGAUCAAGCGGCACCUCGGCCUUGAUGCCAGCUCAAGUUUUGGGGGCUCUCUGAAACACUCGCGGGAAGCAGGAAUGUCUCUGAGCAGGAGGAAUUGGUCCGAUCUCUCCAGCCUGGCCAGGCAGAGGACCCUCGAGGAUGAGGAAGAGCAGCAAAGAGAGCGCCGGCGAAGGCACCGGAACCUGCUGUCCUCCACAUCGACGGAUGAGGAGCCUCCCAGCCCUGGGAAAGACCCCAGUCCAACUUCCAGCAGACCUCAGUCCCUGGUGAAACCAGCGUCUCCAGAGGACGGGGAAGAGCGGAAGCUCUCGGAGGAGCUGAAGACGCAACAAAGCAGACGGACAAGGUGCCCGCCACGUGUCUCUGAAAAACUGAAGCAGGAGAAAGAGCAGAAGGAGCCAGGGCUGGGAGAAGGCCACACGGAGGCAGGGACACAGGCAGGAGCGAGGCAGGAGAGCGUCUGGGCGGGAGAGCGAGAUCAGGAUGCAGCCAAGGGCAGAGGGGACCCACCAGGAGAUCAGCACCCGGAGCCUGUCCCGGAGAGGAAGGUGGUGCUGAGGGGACGGCUCUGGGACAAAGAAGAACAAGGUGUGGGGACACCUCGGGGGGAGCAGAGGAAGGAGCUCCAGGUGCCGCCGGAGGUUGGGGGCUGCCGGCUCCGGGAGGUGAAGAUCCUGACCAGGCAGGGAAGCCGCAGCACAGAAGAGAAAACAACCUCGGUGGUGACCUCACCUCUGGAGCAGCAGCAGCCAUCCAGGAAUCCCUCAAAGCAGGUUAUACAACUGUCUCCCACACAAGAUGAACCUGCAGAAAAGCCAGACCCUUCUCCAACUCAUGCCACCUACAGCAGCUCCAUCAGACGAACCAGCCCAAGAACCGUCUCCUUUCGGAUCAUCUCGAGAAAGCAGAAAGAAGAAAGCCAGAGCCCUCUCACAAGGAGUGCGAGUCUGAGGAUCCCAGGUAGCAGCAGCACCAUUGGGGAGAAGCUGGAAAAGUACAACUCAGCUGUGCAGCGCUCGGAGGGUGUGAAAUCCUCCGUGCCUGUCCAGAAGAGCCGCCUGCUGUCCUCGGAGGGGGUGGCCAGCAAGCGCAGCUUCUUCGAGGCCAGCGCUCCCAGCAAGGCGGAGCCUCUGGCCGUCAGGAAGGACAACCUGAAGAUUCCAGGAUCGGUGACAUCUCGCAUUAAUCUGUGGAUCAGCCGGGCUCAGGAGCCUGCCAAGGAGGACAACAGCAAGGAAAUCAGGAAAAUCAACAGCCUGCCAAAGCGUGAUGUCUGGAUAAAGCAGCCUGGAGACACCCCUGGGGACACCAAGCUGCAGUAAUACCAGUUGUAAUAUCAGAUGAUCUGGGAAAAACUGAUUUGCUCUGAAGAACAAAGCCCAGCCCUACCCAGCCGUCCAACAGCUCACUGCCAUGAGCCCCCCUGUGCCACGUGGACCACCGGGGUCCUCUGCUUGUGGGAUGGGAAGGAAGAAGGCUGGAGGAGUCUCCCUGUGCUCCCAGUCCUCACUCACUGCCUGUCUGGGGUUGUCCAGGCCUGGAGGCUCCUUGCAAUGCUGAAGACAAACUCCUGUCUCGUUCUCCCACAACAUUUUGGUGUUCUGCUCCUGAUCUCUGCCUGUGCCCCAUUGCUGCCCUUGCAAAGGGGAUGAGCCCACGUUGUGUCCCUCGCAGAUGGAAGAUGCCAGUGGGGCAAGAAGCUGCCUGGCCAAGGGAGUUUCAGCUGCACAUCCGUGGACGUGUCCAUCCCUUCUGCCUGGCCCGUGUGGGGUGAGGUGGGGCAGGCAAAUAUCCACCCCCACCUCCCAGGAUGUCACUGCCAGAGGGACCCAGCCAAAGGCAAAUGGUGUUUGCAAAGUCACACAAGUGCUGGUGUGGCUCAGAGAUGCCUCGUGGAAGAAGGGUGGCCCUGGUGGCCCUGGUGCUUCCCUCCAGCACUUCUGCAGCUGAACCAGAGACUUGUCCUUCUCCCUGCCCCUACAAGCAGUGACCCCUCUCAUUUAGUGAUACAGGGAGGGUGGGCUGGCCCUGGCCAUGGCCAUGGCCCUGUUUUGGGGGUUGCAGGGAGCUGAGCACCCUGUGCUGGGCCCCAUUUCCCUCUCACCCUUCCCCCUGAGUUGUGCAGGCCCUGAUCCUGCUCUGGGAGCCCACCCAGUAGGGAUUCUGGAUGCUCUCUCAAGGCUGGCUUUAGGGUGCCAUGGGCAAAGGGCUCAAAUCCUUGUGCUGGGGCCAUUCUAUGGGCUUGGGCUGUGCCUUGAGCAUCCGCUGUGGUGACAGAUUUGGUGUGGGACUCUGCUGCUGCCCCUGGAUCUGAGCUUGCUUGUUGGGCUUUGGAAAGGACUCGGUUUCCUCUGUGCCUUUUUUUUUUUUUUUUUUUUUCUAAUAAAAGUUGCUCUUUCUAAAACA